AGCAUUACGAGUCCCAUACAGCGACCAGAUUCCCCUUCACCGUCUGUGACGCCUUCACUGGCACUGGAUGCCGUGCCACUCCUCGAUCGAUCAGUGUCCACGCCGUCAAGCACAACUGGCAGCACGCUGUCUACUCGAUCUAGGCAUUCGAGGCUCUCAGAUGCAUCGGGCACAGUUGUGCGAAGGAGGGGCUACAUGCGACCUCAAGGUACGGCGUUUGCCGACAGUGCCAGAAAUAGGGACAGCGUCAUGAGUUUGGGCAGUAUUGCUCACAUGCAGUACUAUUUCGCCAGGACUGGACUGCUGGACGGCAAGGGAGCACAGUUGGCAAGAGGUGAUAAAAAGAAGAAGAAAGGCCUCAUGGACAAUUCCGCGUAUGCUGUCUCCGAGUCGGGCAUGGAUCAUAGCGUCGUCGAAAGCCCGAUCGAGUGUGACGAGGUAUGGGACCCGAGCGAUCCCACAAUGCUGCCUCCUACGGUAAGCACGUACAAGGUCAGGCCAGAAUAUACCGAGCCACUUCCGGAUAUGCCAGUCUUACGAAGAGAGCUGAAAGAGGCACUGCAAGACGCCUGCAAGGUGCUGGAAGAGUCUCAGAAACAGCCUGUCGACGAUACGACAAACAAUGCGGAUGAUGAGAGCGGUUUCUACGACAUCCAGGGUCUGCACUUGCUCGAUAUCAUCACCUUGGCAAUACGAGCGGCAAAGAACUACUACACUGCCCAUACCAACCCGCACAAGCUGUAUGCUAUAAGAUCGGAACGCAACUUGAGGAAAGAUCUGUACAGUGUCUUGGAUACGCUCAAGAGGAUGGCAAGCCGGAACUUCAGAGGCGGCAUUCGUUUGCUUGAGCUUACGGAGAUCUUGGAAUGGAUCGAAUCACUAGACAAGCUCCUCAAGAAGGAAGAGCAACAGGAGCAAGAAGAGCAAGCCGAGCGUGAAGCGAUGGUCUGGCGCGUGGGCGACUGGACAGGCAAAGAAAGAGAACGAGAAUGGCUGUUCAUGAAAUCGUUCGACCAGGAUGAGCCAACGUUGCCACAGUGGCCAGAGCCAAGUGACGAGCAAAAGCUUCCCACAGAGUUUUUGCAAGUCCUUCGUGACGGGCAGAGACUAGUGAAGAUGCACAAUGCAUGUGUGGCCAAGAGCAAACGAAAGUUUGACGAGAUCAAGACCUGGCACACGGACGUCGCAAAGCCAUAUCGUGCCGCGGAAAAUCUACGAUACUGGGCCAAAGCGGCGGAGCUCAGAUGGGAUGUGCACUUCACGAUCCAAGCUCUUGACAUCGUCAAUGGCAAGGAUGAAGCGACAUGGAAGGCCUUCGACGAAGCCAUCUUCAAGUGGUGCCAAGGGGUGAGAGAAGAGCUCACAGAAGAAUGGCGA